AUGCCAAACUACACCAAGUUCAUGAAGGAAGUACUAUCCAAGAAAGUACGAAUCGAAGAAGACACGCCAGUGACACUCACGGCAACAUGCAGUGCCCUUCUUCAGUCAAAUUUACCACGGAAAAUGAAAGAUCCAGGGAGUUACACUACUCCUUGUAUUAUUGGGAAUUCUACUUUUCAUAAAGCUUUAUGUGAUUUGGGAGCAAAAGAUGUGCUGGUUAAAGUAUACAAAUUCAUUUUGUGUGUUGAUUUUGUGGUACUUGAAAGGCCUGAAGAUGAUGAAGCACCAAUCAUUCUAGGUCAUCCAUUCUUAGCCACUGGUAAGGUGAUGAUUGAUAUGGACUUAGGAUCUUUGAAACUUAGGGUGAAUGGGGACGAGAGUGCCGAGAUUUUGGGCAUAGACGAGGUAGGAAUCAUUCAUGAGAUACCAGUUAGUGUGAAAACGAACCCCGUACUGGAAUUGAAACAAUUACCGGAUUAUCUUUGUUAUGCUUUUCUUGGAGCAGACAAGACAUAUCCGGUGAUUAUUUCUUCUAGUUUGAGCGAGGCCGUAACAAAAACACUGUUGGAAAUCCUUAGAGAAUAUAGGUCGACUAUAGGUUGUUCUAUUGAGGAUAUUAAGGGGAUUAGCCCGUCUACUGUCCAACACAAAAUUCUAAUGGAAGACGUCUAUAAACCGAGAGUCCAACCUCAGAGGCGGCUAAAUCUGUCAAUGAACGAGGUACUCAAUAAAGAGGUCUUAAAACUGUUAGGCGCCGGUAUGAUAUAUGCAAUUUCUGAUAGUGCGUGGGUCAGUCCGCCACUAGAAAAGACCAUGUCUCCCUUCCCUUUUAUCGAUCAAAUGUUGGACAUGUUAGGAGGAUUCGAGUAUUACUGUUUUCUAGAUGGUUAUUCGGGGUAUAAUCAAAUCUCAAUCGCCCCGGAAGACCAAAAGAAAACUACUUUUACUUGCCCCUACGACACUUUUGCAUUUCGUAGGAUGCCUUUUGGUUUGUGUAAUGCACCUGCUACCUUUAAAAGAUGUAUGAUGUCUAUUUUUCAUGAUGGUCACAAGGUCUCGAAAAAGGGUCUUGAAGUUGAUAGAGCAAAAAUCGAAACUAUUGAAAAAUUGUGUCCACCGAAAGAUGUCAAGGGGGCUUUCACUUUUCUCAAGGAGAAGCUAACCCAUUCACCGACUAUGAUCACUCCCGAUUGGGAAGAACCAUUCGAAAUCAUGUGCGAUGCGAUCGACUAUGCUGCACAUAAGAACUAUUCGACAACCGAAAAAGUAAUGCUUGCUGUUGUUUAUGACAUUGAGAAGUUCAGACCGUAUAUCUUCGGCUCGCAGGUGAUCAUCUACACAGACCACGCAGCUAUUCGAUAUUUGUUCGCCAAGAAUGAUGCCAAGCCCAGACUCAUCAGAUGGGUACUACUACUCCAAGAGUUCGACUUGGAGAUCAGAGACAAAAAGGGGAGCGAGAAUGUGAUGGUCGAUCAUCUUUCCAGACUCAUUUUAGACGAAGCUCCAUCCGAGGGAAACAUUCAGGAAUCAUUCCCAGACGAGCAACUGCUCGCCAUUAGCACUCACAUUCCAUGGUAUGCUGAUGUGGCCAACUUCUUGGCCAGUGGGAUCAUUCCGGACGGUCUAUCUUACCACCGGAAGAAGAAAUUCCUCCACAACAGUCGUUUCUUUCUUUGGGACGAGCCAUUGCUUUUCAGAACCGGCCCAGAUCGAGUUAUCCAACGAUGUGUUCCAGAAGCCGAAAUACACAAGAUCCUCACAUAUUGCCACUCUUCACCUUGUGACGGGCAUCACAGGGAAUCUCACACAGCCGCCAAAGUUCUGCAGUCAGGCUUCUUUUGGGCAACCCUAUUCCGAGAUAGUUACGAGUUCGUGAAAUGGUGUGUUCGAUGCCAACGGACCGGGAAUCUAUCCAAAAAAAGCCAAAUGCCACUAAAAAAUAUGCGAGAGGUGGAGCUUUUCGAUGUUUGGGGCAUAGAUUUCAUGGGACCAUUCCCUCAUUCGAAUGGAAAGUUGUACAUUAUGCUUGCCGUGGACUAUGUGUCCAAAUGGGUCGAAGCAAUUUCCACCACUGCCAACGAUGCUCGUACGGUCCUCAGAUUCUUCCACAAGAACAUUUUCUCAAGGUUUGGGACACCUAGGGCAAGUAUUAGCGAUGAAGGAUCCCACUUCUGCAAUAAACUGCUCGCCAUUCUCACGAACAAUUUGGGGAUCCGACACAAAAUUGCCCUAGCUUAUCAUCCGCAAACAAAUGGCCUUGCUGAGUUGUCGAACCGAGAAAUCAAACAGAUUCUAGAGAAGACCGUGAGCACGAACCGAAAAGAUUGGGCGUUGAAGCUCGAUGAUGUACUUUAG